GAUUCAGUCAAUAUGACUGAUAAUGGAGCCUCCUUUAAACCGUUAAACGUUCGACGUCCCCCAAAUGCCCAACAAAAGAAAAUUAUUCCGUCCAUACAGAAGUCUGUCAAAGAUGGCCAAGUGCCAAUUUCGAGAGCCAUCAACCAGGAGAUGACAGUUUCCAAGCGCUGUUCUGCGGGCGGCAUGUCCAAGACACUGCCGAAGGCACGAGCCAAGCCUUUGAAGCGCCUGAAAACUGUAAUGGCUCCCACCGGCGUAUUCAAGCCAACGUUAAGCGAAAUCUCCCAAAUAGCUGAAGCUCCAGCUGCAACUUCCAUGGGCAACGUGAGCUCCCAGGCAAGUUCAGUUAUAAAGCAGGUUAAUCAGGCAGUCAGAUUCAGUUCUACCAGCAAGCGCACAAAAUCAAACACAACGCUUAGAGCACAUGGAGGCGGUAACUUUGCAAGUAGAUCCUCACGUAAUGUGUUAAAGACCAAGGCAGAAGGGUAUCCGGUUAACAGCAUCCCCCGGACUGCAAAAAUUUCCCGAGCGCGUAAAGUCAAGAGCAAAGUGAGAGACCGGCCUCUUAAUAAUUCCAUUGCCUCGAUGGAAGUAUUGCCGAAUUCUGUCUCCCGAACAAGUACCGAAAGAAGUCUCGCCAGUGCCUCAAGCCACGUUAACAAGGUCACACCGUCGCUGAAGGAAGUCGCCGAUUCUAUUAGAAGGCAGUUGGCCCAGUCUAUAAAGACAUCAAAGUCGCUGGCCGCAAAGGCCACCGAGCUAAGCAAACGCAUUAGUGCUUUGAAAGAGUUAAAAUAGUCGAAAUGUUUACAUUAUCUGGAAAAGGUGUCGCAGCGAUCGUACUUCUCUUUACUUAACGAUGCAGUCCUUGGAUAUUUUCUCUUUUUAACUGGUGCCUAACUGAUGUCAACUGAAUUUGAAAUACUUCAAAAACCUUGUGCAAUUUGCAACCAAAAAAAAUAAAUAAGUUCCGAAAACAAGAAA